AUGUUCGGUACAGUCCCAUCAUCAGUCUCAUCAAUGAUGGCAUACGCUGACAUCGAACCGAAAAGCCUUGGAAACUCCGGCCUCAAGAUCUCCAAGAUCAUCUUGGGAACAAUGGGCUACGGCAGCAAGCAAUGGCAAGACUGGGUUCUGGACGAAGAAGACUCAUUGCCUCUGAUCGAGCACGCCUAUAAGUUGGGUAUCAACACCUGGGAUACAGUAAGUACGGUCAUUUAUCGGUCAACAAAUGCUAAGAUCCAUGAUCAGGCCGAUGUCUACUCCCACGGAAAGUCCGAGGAAGUGGUCGGAAAAGCCCUGAAGAAAUACAACAUUCCCCGCAACCGCGUGGUCAUUCUGACCAAGUGCUUCUUCGGCGUCGACGACGAGGGCAAGUUCCCACCCAUCUCGGCCUCUGCCACCAACGACGGCCCCUUCGUCAACCGCACCGGACUGUCCCGGAAGCACAUCUUCGACGCAGUCGACGCAAGCGUCGAGCGUCUAGGCACAUACAUCGAUGUAUUGCAAAUCCACCGAUUGGACCGUGAGACUCCCAGAGAAGAGAUCAUGAAAGCGCUCAACGAUGUCGUCGAAAGCGGCAAAGUCCGAUACCUCGGAGCCAGCUCGAUGGCAGCAUGGGAAUUCCAAACCCUCCAAAACAUCGCCGAGCGCAACGGCUGGCACAAGUUCAUCGCCAUGCAAAACUUCCACAACCUAAUCUUCCGCGAAGAGGAACGCGAAAUGAUCCCCUACUGCCAGGACUCAGGCGUAGGCGUGAUUCCCUGGUCCCCAAUUGCGCGAGGCGCACUCGCCCGCCCAUGGGGGUCCCGCGGAACAGUUCGCGAGAACAGCGAUGGUGCACUGAAGAUGUUUGUGCGCAGUCGCGAGUCCGAGGCCGAUAAGGCUAUUAUUGAUCGUGUGGAAGAGAUUGCUAAGAAGAAGGGCGUUAGCAUGGCGCAGGUCUCUAUUGCUUGGUCGUUGACGCAUCCUGGUAUUAAUCCUAUUGUGGGACUUCAUAGCAUUGAUCGGAUUGAUGAGGCGGUUGCUGCUACUAAGGUGCAGCUUUCUGCGGAGGAAAUCAAGUAUCUUGAGGAGCCUUAUGUUCCAAAGGCUGUUACUGCUCUUGAGCGGUAG